AGCUGUGUGUUAUACGGUUUCACGCGCGGCACACGUGUUCGUCCGCGUUCGUUACGCGAUCCCGGACCGUUCGGGAUUAAUGACAAAUAUGUUCUGAUCUAAAAUAUACAUAAUAAUAUUAUGAGCAAACACGUACGAACGAUUUAAUYGAUUUUUUUUUUUUGACGAUAAUUAUAUUAACAAAAACAAGUGCUGCCUGACCGCUUUUUAUUUUGUUCCAAUACUCGAGUUGACGUGUUUUAGUUUUCCAAAAAAUUUCGAUGAAACCGUAAACGACAUACUUUAGUUGAAACGACCAAGACGCAUACCGCCGCGAUCGGACUGUAAAUAUGAAGAAACCGGUCGUCGUCGUCAGUGGCUCAUCCAUCAUCGCAAUGUGGACGUCGUCCCGGAUCGGUCGCCAAGUGACCUCUGCGUUCAUGUGCAACCGUCACCUGCAGCUGCUUCAACGGCAGCACCAGCACCAACAACAACUCCAGCACCAACAGCAUCACCUACAGUUGUAUUCCUCGACGGCAGACGGAGCAGUGGCCUCGCCAUUGCGUUGCAUCAAGAAAAAAUCUGACCGGGCACCGCCCAAGCACCUGGUGGACGAGAGGGUUGUCCGUGCGAUCGGUGGCCGUGGCGGUGACGGGCGCGUGUCGUUCAUGAARCUUUUCGGCAAUGAGAAUGCAGGCCCAGACGGCGGGGACGGAGGUAACGGUGGCCACGUGGUGUUCCGAGCGGCCGAGAACGUAACCGGGCUAGGGCACUUAGCCGUUGAGCUUAAGGCGGCCGAUGGCGAGCGGGGCUACARCAAGGACUGCCACGGCAAGUGCGCAAAUCAUGAGUAUGUGGACGUGCCGGUUGGCACUGUGAUCAAGGAUGGCGAUGGCCGGGUGGUUGGUGACCUGAGCCGGCCUGGUGUCAUGUUCGUGGCGGCCAGGGGUGGGGCGGGCGGGCACGGUAACCGUUACUUCGCCACAGACACGGAGCAGGCGCCCGAGGUGGCCGAAUUGGGCGGUGCAGGCGAGGUACUCAGGUACACGCUAGAGCUGAGCAGCAUCGCCGAUUUCGGGUUGCUGGGCUUUCCUAACGCGGGCAAAAGCACUCUGCUCCGAGCCAUCACUAGGGCCCGACCCAAGGUUGCCCCGUACCCAUUCACUACGCUCCAGCCGCACUUGGGCGUGAUCCGGUACGACGACCAAGAGUCKGUGGUCGUGGCAGAUUUGCCCGGGCUCAUCGAGGACUCACACCGCGACCGCGGCUUGGGCGUGUCGUUCCUGCGGCACGUACAGCGGUGUACCGCGCUGUUAUUGGUCGUCGACCUGUCCGCGCCCGAGCCAUGGACGUACGUGGAUGUGCUCAGGCACGAGGUCCGGUGCUUCUCCGCCACGGUGCUCGACCGGCCGCAGCUGAUCGUGGCCAACAAGGUAGACGUGGACGGCGCCAGAGACAACUUGGCCGAGCUCAGGCGUCGGUUGCCUGACGACGAAAUCGUCGAGAUAUCCGCCAAGCACGGUGUCAACUUAGAGUGCCUACUGAAGUGCAUGAAGCGAGUGUACGACCAUCGGCGCAGAUCUAUAGAAGCGGACGCCGCCGAUGAUUUUGACUAGACUGCACCAGUAAAACGAUGAUCAAUCAUCACGUUAUAAUGCUGUAUUAUUAUUAUUAUUAUUAUUAUUACUAUCGAACUUUAUAUAGGUCGUGAUCUAUAUAGUGAUUUUUGUGUUCAAUGUAUUAUUUGUGUUUAUAACAAAAUGUAUACUUUAUAAUAAAAUGAUGACUAUACUGUUACACUCAUAUACUUAGAAAUCAUUUAUUUUUAUUUUAUCAGAAUUAUAUACCUAGCUACUUACCAUUUUUACACUGUUUUUUUCCUCAGAGAGCGGUAUCGCUGUUUUUUUUUUUUGCUAUUAACGUUUGAUGUAACAUUUUACAAUUGUUUUCKUUUUAACACUACAUAUUAGCUCAUAUAAAUCUGAUUAUUUAAAAAAAUUCUAUAUUUUGCUAGCUGCUUUMUUUUUUSUGUAACUUGUCAGAUUUGAAUGCAUCAGUGUAUAUUAGUUAUAGUUAGUUAUUAGUUAUUAGUCAGUUAUUAGUUAUUAGUCAGUUAUUAGUUAUUAGUCAGUGUAUAUUAGUUAUACACAAUUCAUCCUUGUCUAAUAGUAUAAUAUAGGYCCGUGUUAUAUAUACCUACAGUUAAGUAACUAAG